AUGAAAUCAUUUCAAAAAUCUUAUGAAUUCGAUUAUCCAUGGGAGAAAGUCACCACGGCAAACUGGAUGAAAUAUCCAAACAAGAUCUCUACACACGUUAUCGCCGUCGAUGUGCUUCGCCGGGAACUCAAAGAACAUGGCAACGUACUUCUUUCAGAACGACUGAUAACCAUACGUCAAAACACGCCUCGCUGGAUGUCCAUUUUAGUGGGGAACACCAAUUUAGCAUACGUGAGAGAGGUUUCCACGGUUGAUCGAAGGGACAGAUCUCUAAUUAUGAGGAGCUGUAAUAUGACCUUUCCGCAUAUAUUGAAGUGCUAUGAAACUGUAUGUUAUGUUCCUCAUCCGAAAAAUCCAUCGAACGUGACUCUUUUCAAGCAAGAUGCAAAGUUUAUGUCCGGUGUUCCGACAAAAACCUUUAGUGAGAGAGUGGAAAACUGGGGCGUUAAACGUUUUAGUGACAAUGCAAUGAAGGGCAAAGUCGGGUUUGAUAGCAUUCUAGCAAUGUUCAAUGAUAUCUGGAAAAAUGGUAACGAAUAA